AUGCAUCGAAUCCUUCAACGUAAGCUGUCGCUUCGCGGGCAUUGGGGGUCGGAGGCCGACGUUGGCCUUGACGUGAUGCUGCUCUUGCUGGACGCCAAUGUGGGCGAAGCCAAGGCCGACGGCUGCAGAGGUGGCCGGGGAGUCGGCUGCCGGGUUAGGGCGGGGGCUCCCAAGCUCAACGUUAUUUCCGUCUUAGUGAAUGGACGUGCGCGGGGCAAGCGGGGUGUCUGGGGCGUACGAGGCGUCAUUGGUGUCGGGGCCAAAGCAGGUGCCGAGGCCGGGGGCUGCUGGAGGACGAUGAUCUGGCCGUCGUCGCCGUAUGGAGGGGACCCGGCCACGACGCCAGCGGCUUUUGCCUGGCGCACAUUCUUGACCCGCGGCAGGUAG